AUGAAAAUCAGAAGCAAUUCACUCAGGAAUUACAGAAAAUUGCGUGAAGAAGUUCAAUCCCUCAAAUCUGUUAAAGGAGAUGUAAACACACUGAGAACUGAUAUGGGAAAUCAAUUUCAACUUCUUCAAUCUGCUAUGGGUAAGAAGUUUCAAUUGCUUUUCGAUAAUCCAGUUUUCUCUUCAGGGUACAAUCAUGGUAGUGAUGAUGGUGAAAUACCAGAUCCUUCAUCUAGUCAGUACUUUCAGAAUUAUCCACAGGAUAACCAUCAUCGCCGACUUGUUCAAACUCCUCAGUUGGGUGAAGGUCAGUUUUCCAAUUACAGACCUAAAAUUGACUUUCCUCGUUUUGAUGGUACUAAUCCUAGAACUUGGAUUAGGAAGUGUAAGAAAUACUUCUUUCUACAUCAAAUGAAUGAUGAACAGAAUGUGCACAUGGCUACCCUGUACUUGGAUGGCAAAGCUGAUGUUUGGUUCCAGGAUUACCAAAUAGGUAAGGGUAUUUUGUAUUGGGAAGAUUUUAUUAUUGAUGUUUGCACUAGAUUUCAAGAACUGGGUCAUGAUAGUGUUAUAGGGGAGUUUAAUAAGCUAGACCAAACUAAUACAGUCUUGGAGUAUCAAGAGCGGUUUGAGGAACUAAAGGACUUAAUGCUAGCUAAGAACCCAUCUCUUCCUGAAGAUUACUUCAUCCAAAGUUUUAUUAGUGGCUUGAAGGAGGAUAUAAGAUUAGUGGUGCGAAUGUUCACUCCUUCAACCUUACAGCAAACUAUAUUUCUAGCUAGAAGACAAGAAUGUAUCAUGGACAGGAAUGCUAAGGACCAGCCGAAAUAUUCUCACAGAUUUAAUUCUGGAAGUAAGACAUUAAUUGUUCCUAACAAACCCUCAGUCUUGUCUCCAUUAGUCACUACCCCUAUUGUUACUAGUCCCACCACAAGUCCUAAGUUGCAACCUGUGAAGAAACUCACUUAUGCUGAUAUGCGUGCAAAAAGGGAGAAGGGACUCUGCUACAAUUGCGAUGAGUUGUACACCAAGGGUCACAAAUGUAACAAACAACAACUCUAUAUGAUAGUAGCUGAUGAUGAGGAUGCAGUUCAUUCUGGGGAAAUGGGAGAAGGUUCUAGUCCUCAAAUUGUUGAGUUAGAGGAAUACAUGGAGAUCUCGGUGCAUGCAUUGGCUGGUAACAUUUCUCCUACAACUAUCAAGAUUAAGGGAUUUGUAAAGAAGCAUGGCCUCACCAUCUUAAUCGACAGUGGCAGCACUCACAGCUUUCUGGACCCUGUAGCUGCUAAGAGAAGUGGUUGUACACUCACUCCUACCCCAACUCUACAGGUUACUGUUGCUGAUGACAACAAAUUGCUCAGUCAUGCCAAAUGUGCUGAGUUCAGUUGGAGUAUGCAAGGACAUAAUUUUUCUCAUGACUUACAUAUCUUAGAACUUGGGGGAUGUGACAUGGUCCUAGGUGUGGACUGGAUGCGCGAAAAGAGUCUUAUGGUUUUUGACUUCAAGAAGUUUCUAGUCAAGUUCCAACGCCAAGGUAAGGAGAUUGAACUAGUAGGACAUAAGGAAGAAGCUGCUCUUUCACAAAUGUCAGGCACCAAAAUACGCAAGCUACUCAAGAAAGGCAAGCAAGGUUUUAUUGGGCAUUUAUUUUCCUUAUCGGCUACCACACCACCAGAUGACAUUCAACCACAGAUUGCUGCAGUGUUGGAUCAAUUCCCUACAAUCUUUCAAACUCCAACAUCACUGCCCCCAGUACGAGCUCAUGACCACCACAUCAAUCUUACUCCAAAUGCUUCUCCUACAAAUUUACUUCCUUACAGAGUGCCAUAUAUUCAAAAGGAGGUGAUUGAGAAGCUAGUACACGAAAUGUUGCAGGCAGGGGUCAUUCAGCCAAGUCACAGUCCGUAUUCAUCUCCUGUAAUCUUGGUCAAAAAGAAAGACGGUGACUGGCGAUUCUGUGUAGACUACCGCAAGCUAAAUGCCAUAACUGUUAAAGAUAAGUAUCUGAUCCCCGUCAUUUAUGAACUACUUGCUGAAUUAUCUGGUUCAACUAUAUUCUCCAAAUUAGAUCUCCGUGCUGGCUAUCACCAGAUUAGGGUUCACAAGAUGAUAUUGCAAAAACUGCCUUUCAUACACAUCACGGGCACUUUGAAUUUCGAGUAA